AUGAAAAUUGACACUCCUAUACCUGAGACGUCGAAAAAUGAUGAAAAGCUUCUAAAAAUACCAACUCUACUCUCAAUCAUCAGCGAAAAACCCGCGAUUUUGGCGAGCUUCUUAUUUCAGCGAACUGAAGAUGGUUUAAAACACUGCGCACUCAAUACUGGUAUUCCAUCAGAUGUUUACAAACGCGUUCUCAGAAUGAUUAUGGUGGAAAAAUGCGCAAAGGACCACAUAUUUGGAGUUAAUGAAACCAAGGAGGGAUCAAAGGUGACCAAUUUUAAGAAAAAAAAUUGUCGAACAAGCACUUGUCAUGGGUCAUUUACCUUCCUUUGUAAUGAUGCAGACAAAAUAUACGGAUUAAAUGAAGAUUCUCAGAGUUUGCCAAUUUGCUCUCGUCCUCUUAUCCAGACGGAGGUGCAUUCAUAUCACGACAAGACGUGUAUUGUGACAACAGAAAAUCGUGUUCUUAAAGCCGAGGGAAAAAAUCUUGUCAAUGUCGCCCAAGAAGAUGGAAUAACCUGCCUUCCCCAUCAUAGAUCUAUUUCUUACAGUGUAGAGUAG